GUGCGCGUCGGUAUUUUGCGGGCUAGUAGCUUUCCCAGCAGCUGUAAUUGCCGCUGCGGGAGAAAUUGGAGCUGUUGUCGCCGGCACGCCCGCUGCCUCUCUCCCGGACUGAGAAGAGCCACAGCCUCUUCUCUAGCGCUCUUCAUACACCUAGCGCCCUGGACGCCGGCAACAGUCCCAGACCCACUGCAGCCACCUCAGGCAUUCGCUUUGCAGGUCAUCACCCUUAGCCCGGCAACUGAGGGUGGUCCCCUGUCCCUAACCGACUUCUCACUCCACGUCAUCUGUGCCCUCCUCAGCGGCGCCCGGGACCCACCUCUCCACACACUAACUGACGAGGAGGAGACGCUGAGAAUCACCCUUCCUCCAGGCGGAGCCGGCCCCCUCACCCGCGGGUGUGUCCUAUAAAUGGCGUCGGAAAGCGACACCGAAGAAUUCUAUGAUGCCCCUGAAGAUGUGCACCUGGGGGGCGGCUAUCCUGUAGGGUCUCCAGAAAAAGUUGGACUUUCAUCAGUCAAGGAACCAGAGAACACAGCACAGAAAGCUGGAAAUGAGUCCCCUGUACAAGAGCUGAGACAAGAUGUAUCUAAAAAGAUAAUUGAAAGUAUUAUUGAGGAAAGUCAGAAAGCACUACAAUCAGAAGAUGACUCUUUGGAUUCCAAAGGGAGAGGACUCUCUGAUCAGGCUACUGCCAGUUCUUCUGUGGCUGAGACAGACUUUAGUGACAUACCUGGACUAUUAUCCAUAGAGCGUGAACUACAGCAUGACUCUGAAAAGGCAGACAGUCCAAAUGUAUUUGAAGAAGCUGAAUUAGAAGCACAAAGAUGUUUUCCUUCUGAGGACUCCUGUGAGAAGACUGUAGACGAAACUGCUAAUGUAGCUGAAGUAAGUUCAGCUGAACAGCUUGAUGUUUUUGAACUGGAAACCGAAAUACUGAGCAAGGAAGCAAUGGAAGUCAAAGAAAGUGAUAUUCUAGAUCCUGCAUCCUCGGAUUCUUUGUCUGCUAAAGAUUUUGCUGCUGCGGAAGAAGUGGCUCCCGCCAAACCCCCAAGGCACCUUACUCCAGAACCUGAUAUAGUAGCCAGUACAAAGAAGCCUGUUCCUGCACGCCCACCACCACCAACUAAUUUCCCACCUCCUAGACCCCCACCUCCAACCCGACCUGCACCACCACCAAGAAAAAAGAAAAGUGAAUUGGAGCUUGAGGCUCUUAAAACACCUGAUCUGGAUGUACCCAAAGACAACAUUACAUCUGAUUCUCUCCUUACUGCAAAUGUGGCUUCAGAGAGUACAGUUAGAGAUUCUCAGCCUUCUCUUGAUUUGGCAAGUGCUACAAGUGGAGAUAAAAUAGUUACUGCCCAGGAAAAUGGAAAAGCACCUGAUUUGCAGACGGUAGCAGGGGAAGUGAUGGGCCCUCAGAGACCUAGAUCCAACUCUGGGAGAGAGCUUACUGAUGAGGAAAUUUUAGCCAGUGUAAUGAUUAAGAACCUGGAUACUGGAGAAGAAAUACCUCUAAGUCUUGCUGAAGAGAAGUUGCCAACAGGUAUUAAUCCUCUCACUCUACACAUCAUGAGAAGGACAAAGGAGUAUGUAAGCAAUGAUGCCACACAGUCUGAUGAUGAAGAAAAGUUGCAGUCACAACAAACAGAUACUGACGGUGGACGGUUAAAACAGAAAACGACUCAACUAAAGAAAUUCCUUGGAAAAUCAGUAAAGAGAGCAAAGCAUCUUGCUGAGGAAUAUGGUGAACGUGCUAUAAAUAAGGUUAAAAGUGUAAGAGAUGAAGUGUUUCAUACUGAUCAAGAUGACCCUUCAUCAAGUGAUGAUGAAGGAAUGCCAUAUACAAGGCCAGUUAAAUUCAAGGCAGCACAUGGUUUCAAAGGACCUUAUGAUUUUGAUCAGAUCAAAGUGGUGCAAGAUCUUAGUGGUGAACAUAUGGGAGCUGUUUGGACAAUGAAAUUUUCUCACUGUGGCCGAUUACUUGCCUCAGCUGGACAAGACAAUAUAGUGAGGAUAUGGGCUUUAAAAAAUGCUUUUGACUAUUUCAACAAUAUGCGAAUGAAAUACAAUACUGAAGGCCGUGUGUCACCAUCACCAUCUCAGGAAAGUCUAAGUUCAUCAAAGUCUGACACAGACGCAGGGGCAGAGUUUUGUAGGCCUGGCUGUCCUGGUACUUGCUUUGUAAACAAAGCUGGCCUUGAGCUCAUAGAGAUCUGCCUGCCUGUAUGUAGCGGAAAUGAUGAAGACACAGAUGACAAAAAUGCACCAUUUCGGCAAAGGCCCUUUUGCAAAUAUAAAGGACAUACUGCUGAUCUCCUUGAUCUUUCGUGGUCUAAAAACUACUUUCUGCUCUCUUCUUCCAUGGAUAAGACAGUCAGGUUAUGGCACAUUUCUAGAAGAGAAUGCCUUUGCUGUUUUCAACAUAUAGAUUUUGUCACUGCCAUCGCUUUCCAUCCAAGGGAUGACAGGUAUUUUCUCAGUGGAUCAUUAGACGGAAAGCUCCGCCUGUGGAACAUUCCUGACAAAAAAGUGGCUUUAUGGAAUGAAGUAGAUGGUCAGACAAAAUUGAUCACAGCUGCCAACUUCUGUCAGAAUGGCAAAUAUGCAGUAAUUGGGACGUAUGAUGGUAGAUGUAUUUUCUAUGAUACAGAGCAUUUGAAAUACCAUACACAAAUACAUGUACGAUCUACUAGAGGGCGAAACAAGGUUGGAAGAAAAAUUACUGGCAUUGAACCUUUACCUGGAGAAAAUAAGAUAUUGGUAACCUCAAAUGACUCCAGAAUCAGAUUAUAUGAUCUCAGAGACCUAUCACUGUCCAUGAAGUAUAAGGGUUAUGUCAAUAGCAGCAGCCAGAUCAAAGCAAGUUUCAGCCAUGACUUUACUUACCUCGUUAGCGGUUCAGAAGAUAAAUAUGUUUAUAUCUGGAGUACUUACCAUGACCUAAGCAAGUUUACUUCAGUCAGGAGAGAUCGUAAUGACUUCUGGGAAGGUAUUAAAGCACAUAAUGCAGUUGUUACAUCAGCCAUCUUUGCUCCAAAUCCGAGUUUGAUGUUAUCCCUGGAUAUACAAACUGAAAAAUUAGAAGGGACAAGUGAAGAUGCUGAAGUUUUGGAUAGCACAUCUACUGGUAUUGUGAAGACAGAUAACACAGAAGUUCUUCUCUCUGCUGACUUCACUGGAGCUAUCAAAGUGUUUAUUAACAGAAGAAAAACUGUAUUUUAAUUUGAAACUAUAUUUAAAAUAAGCCCAUCAGUAAGUUUCUAUAUGUAUCAGAAAUGAGAAAGUAUUAUAGUGUUUCAGGCUAACAUCCUUUUUUAACUUUUAUUGAAAGUUGUUCAAAUAUAAUAUAUAUUUUUGAGAGGCAGUGUUAGUGAUCUAGGAACCCCUAGACUGAUAGACUAGAAAGAAUGUGUCUAGAUUAACAUUGCCAAGCAUAGAGUUUAUGUUUUGUUAUGUUUAUGUUUUGUUAUAUAAUUAUAAACAUGCACAGGUUUCUGCAUGAAAAGAUAUUAAUAUAUUAAUCACAUGUGCGUGCCUUUUGGUUACAUGCACUAAAUCUAACAAAGUUAAAUUAUUUUGGUGGCUCUUUUGGCCUCCUACUGGGUGAUAGUCUUGUUUCUAGCUCUAAAAUUUUUUUUGCACAAAAUUUCAUUUUUAAGAAACGUGGUAUCUUUUGACUGAAUUAUUGUUUUGAAAAUGUUAUAUAGGUUUUCAAUAGGUCAAUAACCAUGUAUAAAUGGUUUUUUAUAAAUUUCUCAAUUUGGGGACAAGAUUUUUUUUGUGAUCUAAAUUGUGGACUUAUUCUUUACUUUGUAUGUGUGUAUAUAAUAUAUAUAUAUAUAUAAAUAUAUAUAAUUUUUUUUUCUUUGCCACACUGGAGCACAAUGUUUCUAUGUAAAGAAUUCUUUACUUUAUCCAUGAGCACCAGGCUUUGCUCACUUAAAAAUAAGCCCCAUUAAGGAGUAAGUCUUCUUUUUUACAAUAAUGUAAAAAUGAAUUGUUUACAUUUUUUUAAAGCAUUGUAGUUUUUAAAAAUUAAGCUGUUUUGUUUUGUGUUGUUGAAUUUGAAAGGCUUUGUAAAUGCCAGUAUAAUGUACCAAUGAAAUAACAUCUGGGACAAAGGAACCCUGGUAAUGUUGUUGAUGGUUUGCAUAUGUUUAUGAAAUUGAAAUAUGUAUCAUUAAAGUUGGUCAUCAACACUUGUCAAAGGUGAA